AUGGCGUCAAAACUUAUCACAGGCCGAGUUGGUGUGGCGGUGACGGAUGUGGAUUUGAAGCAAGAGCAAGAGAGUGCUGAACAGAAGACCCACGUCAUGGGUGCCAAGAACAUCCGGCUCAUUCAGGAUAUGUACGAAGGCAGCAAGGCAAAUGUAAAGUGCGUGGUAGGAACUACGGAAAGUUUCCAGGUUAAAGUUGGACUCCAUCAGGGAUCUGCACUAAGUCCAUUCCUCUUCGCCAUCGUCAUAGACUGUCUCACCGAAGCAGUUCAGAAGGCUGCCCCAUGGGACCUGAUGUUCGCAGAUGACGUUACACUGAACGGGGAGACAAAUGAGGAUGCGGAAGAGAGGCUGGAGCAGUGGAGAAGAGCAUUGGAAGAUAGAGGGAUGAAGGGGAGCAGGCAGAAAACGGAGUACCUUUGUAUGGGGGAUCAAGAUCCAGAGAGGGCAGUAGAAAUACAGGGAGUGAAGCUGAACAGAGUCCAGGAGUUUAAGUACCUUGGUUCCACAGUGCAGAGCGACGGGGCAUCGGACAAGGAGGUUGCUAAGAGGAUACAGGCGGGAUGGAAUGCUUGGAGAAAGAUCACUGGGCUGCUAAGCGACAGACGGGUCCCAGCAAAGCUGAAGGGCCGGCUAUUCAAGACAAUGGUACGACCGGCGAUGCUGUAUGGGAUGGAGGCAGUCGCGGUAACGAAGGGACAAGAGAGGAAGAUGGAAGUAGCUGAGAUGAGGAUGCUACGAUUCUCACUGGGGAAGACCAGGCUAGACCGGGUACGAAACAGGGCCAUCAGAAAGACAAUUGAGGUAGGCGAACUAGAGAAGCUGAGGGAGUGCAGGUUGAGAAGGCUAGGACAUGUGAUAAUGUCAAGAGGUGAGUCGGACGCCUAUAAAAACACGCGGCGCUCCGCUCCGACCUCAGUACAAGUACGAGAAGGUAAGCUAGCAAGAAGAGCACCCGGAGGUUGUAUUCAGUACUCGUGUGAUUAA